CGCUGACCCGCCUCACCCCGCGAGCUCGACGGGCACCGGAAGGCGGCACUGGAGGAAACCGGCCCGAAGCCCAACCGGCUCGGCCGGCGCGGGGGGCGGGGAUGGGACUGCGAACCCGGCCGAGCGGGCCCGAACAUUCCCGAGCGGGGCCGAGCGGUGCCCGAGCCUCUCCGAACUGAGCCGAAGAUUCCCGAACGGAGCCGAGCGGCGCCCGAGCCUCUCCGAGCGGGCCCGAAGAUUCCCGAGCGGGGCCGAGCGGCGCCCGAGCCUCUCCGAACUGAGCCGAAGAUUCCCGAACGGAGCCGAGCGGCGCCCGAGCCUCUCCGAGCUGAGCCGAAGGUGCCCGAGCGGAGCCUGGGUCGCUGUCUCCGCCGCCGAGGGUCCCUGUGUCCCGCCGGUACAGGCGGCCCCAGCCGGAGCCAUGAUCGAGGUUCUGGCCCAGCUGAGCCGCGGGCCCGUCUUCCUGGCUGGAGAGAUGCUGGAGUGUGGGAUCGUCUUCACCAACCCGCUCUCCGCCACCUCCACCUCCGCCAGCAGUGAGAUGCUGGCGUGGGCCAGCGCCCAGAUUCACUGCCAGUUUCAUUCCAGCGAGAGCCGGGUGGCGUUGCCUCCCUCGGAUGACAGCAAGCACGAUGUACAGGCUGCGAAUGAGACGGUGUUUGUCCCCAACAGAGGAGAGCGAGGUCAGUGCAUCCUGUCCACACCCCCAAAGAUUCUCUUUUGUGACUUGCGCCUGGAUCCCGGAGAGUCGAAAUCCUACUCGUACUGCGAGACGCUGCCUGUGGACGGGCCGCCCUCCUUCCGGGGGCAGUCGGUGAAGUACGUGUACAAGCUGACCAUCGGCUGCCAGCGGGUGAACUCUCCCAUCAAGCUGCUGCGUGUGCCCUUCAGGGUGCUGGUGCUGCACGGGCUCAAGGAUUAUCAGUUCCCCCAGGACGAAGUGGUUGCCCCCUCGAACCCCUUCCUGGAGGAGGAGGAGGGGGUGAAGAAAGACUCCCGGCUGGCGGACCUGGCCACGGAGCUGCUGAUGGCAGCCACCUCCCGGCGCAGCCUGCACGUGUAUAACAUCAGCAACACCCGGGGCAAGGUGGGCAAGUUCGGGAUCUUUAAGACUGUCUAUAAGAUUGGAGAAGACAUCCUCGGGACCUUUAACUUCUCGGAAGGGGACAUCCCCUGUCUGCAGUACUCGGUGAGCCUGCAGACAGAGGAGAGUAUCCAGGAGGAGUUCCAGCGGCGGCACGGGCAGCCCGUCUCCUACACCACACACGCCCGCCACCAGGAAUCCUGUCUGCAUACGGCCAGGUGCAGCUUCAGCCUCCCCGUCCCACUGAGCUCCACGCCCGGCUUCACCACCAACAUUGUGUCUCUGAAGUGGAGGCUGCACUUCGAGUUCGUGACCUCCCGAGAGUCGGGGGAGGCCCACACGGUCCCUGAGAACCAGUCGGAAACCAUCACCUGGACUGGGGUGGAGCAAAUCGAAGUGGAUACCUUCAGCUGGGACCUGCCCAUCAAAGUCCUGCCGACCAAUCCCGUCCUGGCCUCCUACGUGUCCCAGUUCUCCAGCACAAACUCCAUCACUAUCUGAGCUGGGGCAGGACCGAGGUGGGAGGCUGGGGCACCAGUCCCACCGCCCGCUGGGGAUGGCAGCUGCCGAGCGGCGGGGCACAGGCCCGCUCUGAAUCCUGCACCAGACCCUGUGCCGGCUGUGCAGCCCUGCCUGUGUGAGAGACACCGCUCUGUGCCCAGCACUAGCUGGCUUCUCCUUCCUGAGCCGCGUCUCCUGCUCGCCUGGGCGUGCACAGGAACCCCAGUGCUCUCUGUCAGGGCGGCCUGGCGGCUUUCUCCCCAGUGUGGGGCCUCGUGCCCAGCCCAGGGAAGGGAGAAGGGCGCCCUUCCAGUGACGACCCGCGCCAGUCUCCUGGGAAGCCCACGCCCAUUCCCACUGGGAUCUCCCCCCCACAUGUCCAGUGCCCCUGCCCCCAGCUGGGAGCGAGAACCCUCCAGCCUGUGACUGCCCUGGGGCGUCUCCAUCCCGCCUGGGAACUGCAGUCCCCUCUGGUAGAGUCAGCCCCGCAGCAGCCCCCUGCCUGGGACACCCCCAGCAGAGGGGAGGCAGGUGCCCUGCACGCCCCAGCCGGGCUCCUGCACGUGGCUGGCUUCCCGCGGGAGAGGGCAGGGUGACGCUGCUGCUCCAGGACCUCCGACCAAGGGGGAGGCAGGCUGCCUUCCCCACCUGAGCGGGGAGCAAGGAGAUCCUGGCCUGGAGUCUGGGUUCUUGGCCCUGCUCUCCCUGGGGCGGAUGAGUGCUCCCUCUUCUCUCCCUGCACCUGGGCUGGGCCAGGCAAAGACGUCAGUGUAACUCCAUUGCUCCAGGAGUGAACUUGCCCCCCUCCCCCCCCAGCACUGCUGUCACACCGACCUGCCCCCGGGUGCUGACAGCACUGGGUCCCAGGGAGAGCCCCUCCCGCAGGGCAGGCAGCAGCUUCACUCCAGCGCUGUGCUCCAAGUGCUGGAUUGACCGGGGCCAGGCCCGACCCCUCCAGGCUCCUGAGUUCUUUCCCCGGCAGCCCAAUAAAGUGUCUGCUCUGUGUGCAAAGUAAUAAACACCUGAGUGCCCAG